AUGGCGGCGUUUUCUUUAAACAUUCAGAAGCAUGUGGAACCUGGUUUGGUCACUUGCGGCAAAUUCGACGGUUCCCACGCUUGUUUAGCGAUGGCGACGUUCGGUGGUAACAUUUUGGUGCACAGUCCUCACAGGCAGCCGCAGAUAAAAGGCCACGAUCACGAGCAGUCAGACAGGAAAUUGGCUUGGAGUGGAGAACUCGCGGAGCUUCAAAUUGGGACCGAGAUCACGGCGUUGUGCACUGGCCGAUUUAACGAUGAUGAAAGGGAUGUUCUCCUGAUCGGAACUGCGUCCCAUGUUCUUGCCUAUCACAUCGAGGAUAACUCUGAUAUUUUCUACAAGGAGAUGUCCGAUGGUGCAAGGUGUAUAAUUAUCGGCAAAUUGGGGUGGCUUCCGAAUCAAGUUGCGAUCGUUGGCGGUAACUGUUCAGUGACCAUUUUGGACGCACAAGGUACAGAAAUAUUUUGGACAGUGGCCGAAGGUAUCGUCAGCUCUCUGGCUAUCUUCGAUUUCGACGGAGACAACGAAAACGAGCUGAUCACUGGCACACAGGACUUUGAGAUAAAGGUGUACAAAGAAGAGAACGUGCUCUGGGAAGCCAAGGAAACAGCGCCUAUCACUACCCUAACUGGUCUCCCAAACAGAAGAUUCGUUUAUUCGGUUGGGAAUGGGACUCUGGGCGUUUAUGAAAUGGCUCAGAGACUGUGGCGCGUUAAGUCUAAGCACAGAGUGGUAGUCACACGGAGCUUCGACGUGAACGGGGAUGGUACUCCGGAGGUCAUAACUGGUUGGAAUAAUGGAAAGGUGGACGCUAGGUCGUCCAAUAGUGGGGAAGUGUUUUUUAAAGUUCAAUUAUCCACCGGGAUAGCUGGAAUCGUGGAGGCCGAUUACAGGAGAAUCGGGAAACCUGACUUAGUCGUGGUGUCCACUAGCGGCGACGUUCGUGGUUAUGGUUCCGGAUCCACGAUGGACACGCCGGAACCCGGUGAAGCUAUGCGUGAUUUACUGGCCAAAAAGCAAGUUCUGCAAAUGGAGCUUAGGCAAAGAGCUGCAUCCGUCCCUAAUAUGUAUCACAGAACUAAACUGGCAGUCAGUAUUAUGACGACGAAGGGCGCAGCUAUUGUCGGCCUUGCAUCGGGACCAGGACUGUUGAUUCAUUGCGCAAUAGUCUUCACCGAGGGGGUCUUCGAUGGUGAAACUCUAGUCGUUCAUCCUAGUAAACCAAGGGGAGAGCUGGAGAUAGAGAUAAAACCCUCGAAAAACGCCCCAGUGGACAUACACGUGAAGGUGUGCGUUGGUCCCGCUGGCGCGGAUUUGCUACAGGUGUUCGAGAUGACGCGACAAUUGCCCAGGUUUUGUAUGUACGAGAUGAUCGGGAAACCGGACGAAGUCGAGGAGGAUCUCACGAAAAACUUCGUCACUGCUGAGUUUGCAGACAGGCCACAAAGGAUUGCCCUCUGGCUGAACCAGAGUCUAAUCCUCCCGGAGGAGUUAGAGAUCAAGGAGGAUGGACAGAACAGCGGUGGCAUUCAAGUGUGGCUUCGUGGGAUGAGAGAUAAUAAAAUUCAUUGUUUCAAGGCGGACACAACGGGUAGAGUGACUAUACAAACCGAGGACUCUACAUUCGCUGGGGACAUUAUUCAAUCUUUGGCCUUGUACUUGGGUCUGAGGGAGCUGUCCUCGGAAGUCUCGUUUCCGGAAGACGAAAAGAUGCUGUUAGACGCAUUGGAACGUGUCAGAGAUUUGAAAGAAAUCGACGCGAGACUGCAGGCAGAGGCAGCCAGCGAUACAACUCUAUUGAAAAACAUUAUAAUCCGUUUGGAGGAUGCCAGAAUUCUCGAGAACGUCGAAGAAAUGAGGAAGAGGUUGGUGCAACUGAAGAACAUCAACGUGGACUUGAUCAGGGAACACGAGAUUCGGAUGAAGAGCUACCGAGAACUUUCGGCGAAUUUGAAGGAGCUGAAUCUUGGAGUGCAGCGAGCGGCCAGAUUGAGAGUUGGCAAAAAUGCCUCCAAUAUGGUGGCUCGUUGCAGAGCGGCUAUCCAGGACAAUAAUCCGAAAGCGCUAACCUUGGCAAUAAGACAUGGUUAA